UCUCUUCACAAAAUUGACGAAUCUUAGCAUUGUUGGUAACACUGGAAAAGAGUAAUGUUUGCCGAACAAACUCCGGUAAUUCAAUUGACACAUUCACUACAGCUAAGCCCACCGGAACUUUUUCUCCUGGUAGUGAGCCAAUUAGUCAAGAAUCAAUAAGCUUCUGACCAGGUGUCUAUCCGAACUUCUCAGUUAGUGAUUGCUUUCAGCGUGCUCUAUUAGUAAUCAGCAUUACAUUUUUGAGUGUUAAAAUUCAUUCAUUUUUGGUUACCAUCCUAAAAAUUGUGUGUUCCGCAUAGUAUGUACGACAGCGCGUAGGAGAAUGAGGCAAGUUGCAACGCAAGUGAAAAAAACAUGGUUUUGUACGGACUUAUUCUGGUGCUCGCGACUGUUCUUAUGCUUCUGACAGUGGGUUUGGCACACGCCAAGAAUGGAACCAGUUUGUCUUGUGAUUUUAGUCGGAAUAAAGCAGUACAGCCCAUUUUUGAUCAAAGCGAGAACUCCAGAGAAAUCAACACGGGGAGAGCUGUUGCAAAUGCUUAUUAUGAUUUUCUUAUUAACGAGGGCUCCUACAAGUUUUGGGCAAUUUUUCAGCUAGCGACGGUGGCAAUUCUCUUAUAUUCUGUAUUCGCCGCCAUAUACUAUGCUAAAUAUCAGUACCUGACAGAUCCGCCCACAGACAUCGAUGACCUCUUCAGGUCAAAUAAUGGUGGCUUGGGAACUUUGGACGAAUCCACGUUCCUCAUGAUACUCCAAGCAUUAGAACAUGUACCACUGCGUGAUUGAUGUAAGCCACGAUGGACGGCUCAUUACAUGACGAGACAAAGAUAAAUUAGUUUGUUCCUCUACUUCUCUUUACGAAAAAGUGUGUAACCCAGAACAUGAAUUUUUGAAGGCAAAUUUGUUGUAACAGCUCUAGUGCGUGAAUUUUUUUUAUAUGUAUAAAUUGUGGCCUGCGAGCCAAUAAUUCUAAUUCUUUCUAGCUCUCUAAUUUAUCAUGUACAUACUUACAUUAGUAUUUUAAAGCUUUUCUGUAAAGACCAGACCUCAGAAAUCAAAGGUAAUUAGGAUUUUGAAAGCAGAUUCCUGAAUUUGGUUAUGAGUACAUUAGUUGUCUGCAAAUUGGUUUGCACCAUUAGUUUGCGUACAAUUUAUAAGUUAAAAUAAUUACUGUAUUGCUGUGAUGAAAACGCAUGAAAAAUGUUUUCAUCGCAAUUUAAUUCUAUUUUAGUUCUUAGAAUGCAUUGUGAUUUACAAACAAAGUAUCAAGAUUAGUUAGUUUAAGUAAGAUAAAGUAAGUUGAUAGGCACAAUUACAGGCACAUUGUUUGAAUGACUCGA